UUAUGUACUCUGUACUAGUUUUCUGCAUACAGAAUGAAGUUUCUAGUUGUCUGUGUAUGUUUGUGUGUUGUUGUGGAAUAUGUAAAGAGCUACCAAUACGAUAAUGAGACUGCUAUGGUUGCUGAUGCUGUGGCGCAACAGUUGCCCGACUUUAGGCGACGACAUCCUAAACCAAUCGGAGUGUGGACUACAACAACUGGAGAUCCAAUAGACAUCAGAGAUACUGUUACUCUAAACACAGACUUAUUUAACAGUAAACAAUUAUUUCGAGCAAACGCUCAUCUCAAUAGAGAAAGAAUUCCAGAACGACUUGUUCAUGCUAAAGGCAUUGGAGCUUAUGGAUACUUCGAGGUUACAAACGAUGUUUCAGAAUACACUACUGCGGAUGUAUUCACUGGAAUUGGGAAAAAAACACCCCUUGUCGGAAGACUGUCUACAUCUAUACAAAAUAUUGGUGGAAGCGACUUGUCCAGAGAAACGAAAGGAAUAUCUAUAAAGUUUUACACGGAACAGGGAAACUUAGAUUUACUGUGUUUGAAUAUUCCUAUAUUCCUUUACAGAGAUCCAAUGGACAUCCUACAUUUUGCACAUUCAUUUAAAAGGAAUCCGCGUACUGAUGCUUUUGACAAUAAUGCCAGGUGGGACUUUAUGAUAUCAAAACCAGAAUUUGUACACACAUUUCUGUGGCUGAAUUCGGACUUUGGUUUGCCUGAUGGAUACAGAAAGAUGGACAUCUUCGCGAUCCAUCCUUAUGAAUUGUACAAUAAACAUGGUGAACGAUUUUAUGUCAAAUUCAACUUCAGAACGAAUGUAGGUCUAUUUAACCUGACAGAUGCGCAAGCGGCAGCAAUAGGCAUCGAGGACCCAGACUACUAUAACACUGACUUGUACAAUGCUAUUGCUGAAAAGAAUUACCCUUCAUGGAGAUUAGACAUGGAUAUUCUGACGAAAGACCAGUUGACUCAUUUAGAUUAUGAUCCAUUUGACCUAACAAGGCUUUGGAAGAGAGGCACAUAUCGUACUGUGACAGUAGGGAAACUGGUUUUCAAUCGAUUAGUUGACAAUCACUUCAAGGACGCUGAACUAGCUGCUUACAGUCCUGACAAUCUAGUGCCAGGUAUAUUGGGACCUGCUGAUUUAGUUUUUAGAGCUAGAAAGAUAUCGUAUCCUGAUACACAAAAUUAUCGAUUGGGAGGAAAUCAUGAUAACAUAAGAGUGAACGCUCCUAUUUAUGAUAAGACAUAUAAUAGGGAUGGGACACCGCCUGUGUUGGACAACAUGAAGGAUGUUCCAAACUAUUAUGCAAACACCUUCAACGGUCCCAUUCCUUAUGUUGAUGAAAAUCGACCAACAGAUAGAUUAUUCAUUUUGCAUAGAAACGCUGUUGAUUUACAACCAAUGGCUGAAUUUUACAAUGAAAUAGUGGAUACUGAUGCACAUAGACAAAGAAUUGCGGGUCAUUUUGCUCAAAUGCUGGUAGACGUGGCCCCUGAUAUAGAGAAGAAAGCUCUUUACAUAUUGACUUUGAUAGAUACUGGUUUAGGAGGACGUGUUAAAGCAGAGUUAAAAACAUUGAGAGCUGUGGUGCCACAAGAGAGAAGAAAUCGUAUCGCACAAUGUAUAGCUAGUGCUAGUUAAAAUAACGAAGUUACAGCAUGGAAUUAUACUCGAUAUUAAAGA